UAUUCUUUGACGUUUCUGAUAUAGAACUUUAAAAUAGUAUAGCACUCUGUAAAGUCAAAUCUAGUCGAAAUGACACGCUUUGUGAAAAUGAAUUAUAACCAAAAACACUUGAUGAGUGAGGCGCAAUUCAAUAGGCUAAACCAGCCUGUGAAGGAAAUUAUUCCUCUCAGUCCAAUCAGCAAUCAGAAUGAAGAAAACGAGAAUGAUGCAAAGAUGAAUUGGAAUUCAAGUCCUUUGAUGAACUCCUAUAACUUUAACAACGUGUACGGCAAGCCGGAUUUAACUGCCAAUGAUGAGGAUUUUCCUAGCCUAAGUGAGCCUUUGCCAAAUGUUUCCAUUCGAGAGCAACAACGUUUAAGUGCUGUGAGCCGCGGAAAAAUUCUAAGCUGGCAUCGCAAUCAUUUACAGCGUCUUGAGCAACAUUACCAGGCAGAAUUAUAUAAAGAAAUAACUGUAAACCAAAAUGUUGGUGAUAUGUAAACCAAGUUGAGAAUAAAGUAUACAUAGAAAUCAGA